AUGGACACCGUGCUGGCGGACGCGCUCCUCUCGCAGUGCCGCGACGCGGACGCGCUGCUCCGGGCGGUGGGCGGCGAAGACGGGGCGCUCUCGGCUGAGCGAGCGGAGUCGCUGCGUCUCCUUCUGCAACGGGCGGCCGCGGCGAGUGGCGGCUGGCGCGGGGAGGCGGCGCAGAAGCGGGUUGCUCGGGAGGCGGCGCUGGGUCGCUGCCUCCGGACGCUGCUCGGCGGCGGCGGCGCCGCGGCGGGGGAGUCCCCGCAGGAAUGGCGGCGCGUGGUGAGGGCCGUCUGUGGAGCGCUGCAUUGCUGCGCCGCCCUUUGUGGCUCCCCCCUAGCCGAGCAGCUGGCUCGGGAAGCUCUGCACGCUUGCGAGGGGACGGGGUGGCGGCAGGUGGAGGCCGCCGUGGAGAUUCUGGCCGCCGUGGCCCCUUGGUUGCGGGAGCCGGCCCUGCUAAAGCGAAGCGCGGGGCUGGCCCUGGGGCUGCUGUGGGGGGAGGAGGAGGAAAACGAGGAAAAGGCGGUGCUGGUGGCCGGGAGGCUGCUGCCGGCGCUGGGGAGGAAUGGCGCCGCCUUGGGGCACGUGUGGGAAGGGCUGAUGCUGCCGCCAGAGACGGCUCCUCAGAGGGCAAGCCGAGCGCUGCUGGUCCUUAGUGCCCUGUCGGACGCGGUGUUUCCCGCGGGCGCGCAGCAGAGGAAUGGUGCUGGUUCUGCUGGCGAGGCCGCCCAGGUGCUCGACGCCAGGCUCUGCAGUAGCUUCUGGACAGUAGUGCAAAAAGGACUGACCGAGAACGACGCCCUGUGCAGGAAAAGAGCUCGCUAUUUGUUGAAACGGGCUGUGGACUUGUCUGAAAAGCUGCGAGGAGAGUGCAGGUGCAGCCAAGACCCAGGAAAUGAACCGUGUCUGUUCUGGUGGUGUGCUGAACAAAAUGAACAACUUACUCACUUUUGGGAAAAUUACAUUUUAAUUAUGGAGACUCUGGAAGGAAAUCAGAUACAUGUUAUAAAACCAGUAUUACCAAAGUUAAAUAGUUUAUAUGAGUAUGCAGUAUCAAAACACAAAGGUUGUUGGCUGCUUCACCCAUCGUGGCACAUGUGCAUUUACCAAAGAAUGUUUGACAGUGAAAACAAAACGUUAACAAAAGAAGGUAUUAUUCAUUUUCUUGAAAUCUGGCAAACAAAAGAUCUCCCCACAUCACCAGAAUUCUCAGAGUUCAUUAUUGGCCCUUUAAUGGAUGCUCUUUCAGAAAGUUCUCUGUAUAGCAGGGCAUCAGGCCAAAUUAUAGGAACCUUUCCUCCAUUAGGAAUGAAGCUGCAGAAAUUUUUGGCUACUUUCUUCACAAACCUCCCAGAUAAAGAAAAAAGUGAUUUUUUGUUAAAGUUUAUACAAAAGAUGAGCAAUAGACACUGGUGUGCUGUUCCCAUUUUAUUUCUCUCCAUGGCACUGGCCCAUAUUCCAGCAUACAGGGCACUGGAUGGUGAAGGACUCCUAGCUCUGAGAGAAGUUCUGCAGUGUACUAUGAUCACACAUCAGAUUCUCUUGCGAGGAGCUGCUCAGUGCUAUCUUCUUGAAGCAGCUAUACAUUUAACAGAUACAGAGAAAGUCUCCCUUUCAGAUAUUUCAAACUUCAUUAUAUGUCUGAGACCAGAUGAGUCAUUGGGCAGAGGGACUGUUUUGUGGACAAUGCUUUGUGAUUGGUUGCAUAUAAAUGACAGACACUUUCAAAGGCCUUUAAACUGUGAUGCACCUCAAGACAAAAGUGUAUUAAGUGUCUAUGUGCAAUUUCUUGUGAAGGAUUAUCUGAAAGUACCUGUAGCCGAUUCAACUGAAGAUUGCCUUAUGCCUGAUGGGUUUGAAGCUAAACUUGUUGCUGCAAUGAUUCUUCUGGCUGCAGAUGUGGAGGAGAUGAGGCAUGAAUACAAUGGCAAUGGCUGCACAGAACGGAUUGAGCUAAAGCGUCUUCUAAACCCUCUGUUGGAUAUUUUGCUGAAACUUGGCACUAAUCCCUAUAUCUCAUCACUGAAAGCCGAUAAAAGCCUACAUCUGCUAUUGAAGCUCCUGCAGCUUUGUUCAGUCAGAUGUUCUAGACCUCAAGUUGAUGGGGUAAUAAUGUUUCUCCAGAAUUCAUUUUUGCCUGCCACAGAAAGUAUUUUGGAUUUUCUCCUCAGAAAACUUACAGCAAAUGAAUUAGAUACUAUCGUAGAUCUGCAGCGCUGUGAUUUAUAUCUAGAAGUGUUGUCAGAAUUUAUGAACUUCUGCUCAACCAAUGUUCAGAAAAGGGGACCAUCUAACUGCAGCUUCAUCUCCUCUCUAAUAAAUGCCUCUCUCUGUAAUCUGCAAAGGAGGGGUAGUGAAGAGGAGGUAAAAGUUGGGGAUCAGAUUCAGAAGGUAGUGAGCAUGGCUUCACUCUGUGCGGUUUGUGAAAUUAUUGAUGAGAAGCCAGAACUUCAGCUUGAAUCUCUGCCAGCUGUUGACACCUUAAAAACAGCUUUUUCCUGUGCAAAACUUAACCAUGUAUUAAAGAAGCCUUGCAGUAUGGAAACAAAUAGUUCCCUUGAGGAGCAAGCAUCUCAUCAAGGAUGGGGGAAAAUUGUAGCACGUUACAUACGCGAUCAGUGGGUUUGUCUCCAUUUUACUCUCAACAAUUAUCAAAACGUUUCUAAGGGCAAAAGUCUGGAACAAUUUUUUUCUAUUCAAAAGUGCACAAGAACUUUACAAUCUGCCCUGGAAGCAAUAAUGAUUCUUCCUUCUGACCAUGUUUUACCUGUGUUUCGUUGCAUGCAAAUACUCAUUUCCAAGAUCAUAUUUCAGAUGAUCGAAAUGUCCUCUACAAGGACUGGAGUCUUUAAUGUGCUGUUGAGUUAUUGCUGUCAGUCUUGGAUACAUCCUACUUCUGAUGACUCAAGUGAGGUUGAAAAAGCCUUUUCAAAUGCAAGCAAUUACAGUGAACUCCUCAUAGAAGGAUGUUUGUUUGGAACUGUUUUCAGGCGUGAUCAAAGACUCAUUCAGGAAGUAUGUGCAUUUGUACAAAAUCUCGGAGAUGAAUGUGCAGCAAAUGUUGUUACAGAAAGUACAAACAGAGAUGACCAUUAUGUGAGAGUUUGUGCCAUCAAAUUUCUCUGCUUGCUAGAUGAAUUGAAUACACUGCACAAGAAGUUUAUAGAAGACUUUGUCAUGAAACUGCUUGAUAAAGCUGAAUUCAUGUCCAAAACAAAAAAUCGCUAUUAUGUGAACUCUUUACAACACAGAAUUAAAAAUCGACUGUGGCAGACGUUGUUGGUGAUGUUUCCAAAACUUCAUGAGGAUAUUUUAACAAGAACUAUUGACAGAAUUCUUCAGGCUGCACAUAGCAACAAUCAAGCAUCUGUGAAGUAUUUAAUAGAAUGGAAUAUCAUCUUGAUCCUACAUAAAUUUCCCCAAUUUUUCCCAAAAUUUUGGGAUUGCUUUGACUAUGGUGAAGACCAUCUUAAAACUAGCAUUUGCACAUUUUUAGCAGUGCUGUCACAUUUUGACAUAAUUCUGCAAGAUACAUGUGAAAAGGCACCAGCAUUGAAGAAAGCCCUAGUUGUUGUCCUAAAAUGGUGUUUCCAUCACAAUUUCAGUGUCCGACUUUAUGCUUUAAUGGCUCUCAAGAAAAUUUGGGGGAUGUGUAAAGCAUCAUGCAUGAAUGAUUUUGAAACUUUAGCUCCAGUUAUCGAAAGUAGUCUUAAUCAAGCAGAAAGCAUGCAUGGAACAGGGAAUGCUAAAAAGAAUUGGCAGCGGAUCCAAAAACAUUUCUUCUUUGAAAACUUCCAUCCACUUAACGAUUACUGUCUUGAAACAAUAUUUUAUGCCCUCCCACGUCUUUCAGAAAUUGCUGAAGAGGAAUGGAUCCCUCUCUCUAAGUUUACAGCAUUCACAGACAUUCCACGCAGCUCAACAUUUCCAUGCUACUAUUCUCAAACGACUCUUCUUGAUUUAAAACCAAGCGACUGGUCUCAGCAGGAUAUGGGUUUGAAUUCAGCUGAGCCAGGUAACCAAAGACAAUGGACAGACGUUCAAAAAAAAAUUAUCCCUUGGAAAGACAGUGCUCUUGAUUUGGAUCUUGAGCUUGAAUUUCAAGAUCGGACUAAACUUGGUAAAUCAAGCAGUAAAUUGAUUGUAGUGGCUUCACUCAUUGAUAAACCCACCAAUUUGGGAGGCUUGUGCCGAACAUGCGAAAUAUUUGGGGUUUCAGCUUUAAUUGUUGGCAGUCUUCAUUGUAUAAAGGACAAGCAAUUUCAGUACCUCAGUGUUUCUGCUGAACAGUGGCUUUCCCUUGUUGAGGUGAAGCCAUUUCAGCUGAUUGACUAUUUAGAACAGAAGAAAAUUGAAGGUUACACUAUAAUAGGUGUGGAACAAACAGCUAAAAGCUGUGAUCUCACAGAAUAUCAAUUUCCAGAGAAAUCUCUGCUGCUGCUGGGAAAUGAGCAUGAAGGAAUUCCUGCGAAUCUGAUUCAGCAGUUGGACACUUGUGUAGAAAUUCCUCAGCAGGGAGUAAUUCGAUCCCUUAAUGUCCAUGUAAGUGGAGCUCUACUCAUUUGGGAAUAUACAAGGCAACAGAUCAUCAAGGAAAACAAGGAAAGAUAAAGACAUCAUUCUUGCUGAAGUGCUUCUUCUGAUAGCACUGUAAAAUCCAAGGAGUAAUUUAAAUGCCACAAUUUAUAUUCUGCAUGCCUUCAUUUUUAUAAAGAAAGUAAAAUGCCUUAAACUAUGACUUUAUUAAACAAUGUUAUUUCAGUA